GUCGACAAGAGGCAGGGGUGACAGUCAAAGUGAGGUCGAGGUCUUGGGCACGGUAGGCUCAAUGAGGCAAUCGCGGGCUGUCGGCUCGUCGUCCCGAUGUCGGAUUUCAACAACUUGACAUUUUCACCUCCCAAGCCCGUUGAGAUUAGUCAAUCUUUGGUGACAAGACUGGCUGGAGCCUGGCCCGAGGCAUAUGUCUUAGACCAGUUCGAACUUUCUCUUCUUUGCUAGCUGUCUGGGUGCGAAAUGGCUCGGUGAUGGCAGGCACUCAACCCAACAAGCCAGACCGGCGGGGCUCGGUCAUCUCGUCCCAUGAAUAUGACCCUCUCCUUCCCGCCGGACUCGAACCCUCCGUGUAUAAGACGCUGAGCCGAACGAGCGAGGUGGUUGCAGACGCCGCCGCCGCCGAAGAUGGAGCACAAGCAAGGCCUGCACCUUCCGCCGGCGUCUACGCCACCCUCUCGGUUCUACUGCUGGGAGUGUUCGUCUCCCAGACCGACCAAAGCUUCGUGCUCGCCACUUACGGCGCCGUGUCUUCGGAAUUCGACGACCUCGACGCGGGCUCCUGGCUCGUAACGGCGUACAUUCUCGCCCAAUGCGUUGCCCAACCGCUAUACGGCCGACUGUCGGAGAUCUUCGGACGAAAGGCAUGCUUGCAGACGGCGUACCUGCUCUUCACGAUUGGAACCGCAAUGUCUGGCGUGGGACGCUCCAUGGGCGAAGUCAUCGCAGGUCGAGCAGUGCAAGGUGCGGGCGGCGCCGGUAUGGUGUCUAUGGUCUCCAUCAUCAUCACCGACCUCGUCCCUCUACACGAAGUGGCCACGAUGUGGGGCUAUGUCAACAUUCUCCAGACCACCGGUCGCAGCUGCGGCGGAGUGAUUGGAGGCUUCCUCACGCAGACGCUGGGCUGGCGCUGGGCUUUCCUCAUCCAAUGCCCUCCUGUGCUCUUGGGCAUCCUGCUGGUGCAGUGGCAACUCAAGCUUCCAAACAAGCACGACGAAGCCGAGCAGACAAAAUGGGAGAAGCUUAAACGUGUGGACUUCAUCGGUGCCACGUUUCUCUGCUUCACCAUCUUUGCCGCUUGCUUCGUAAUCGAUACCGGCGGCCAGAAACUGGCGUGGAACUCGCCAACACUCAUUGGCAUCAUGGCUGGUGGUGCGGUGUCGGCACUUCUCUUCGUCAUUUCCGCCAACAGAACUCCGGAGCCCAUCUUUCCACUACGUCUCAUCGCCCAUUAUGACCUCGCGACAAACUACCUGAUCAUCGUGCUGCAAUGCAUCAUCCAGAUGUCUCUCAUGAUCUCCGUGCCUCUCUUCUUCCAAGCGACCAAGCUGGCAACAACAGGCGAAGCAGGCGCCUAUCUCAUCCCCGCCUUUGUAGGCAACGCUACCGGUGGCCUCGUCUCGGGCUUCUGGAUUCGACGAACUGGGCGCUUCAAAUGGCCAACAGUCACGGCACCAGUCCUGUCCAUCAUCUGCAUGCUGCUGUGUCUGACCUGGAACUCGCAUACCAACAUCUUCCAGUCGCUCUUCAUCCUACCCGGUGGUUUUGCCAUGGGCAUGAUUUCCAGCUCCGCGUUUGUCGCCAUUGCCUCUGCCGUUCCGGACGAAAUAGCCAUUGCUGGGUCGGGGAUGUAUCUCUUCUUCAACGUGGGAGCGAUUACGGGAGCCAGUGCCGGGGCUGCCGUCUACCAAACCAGAUUAAAGCAGGCUUUGGGCACGGCGUUGCAGGACGUCGAUCACGGCACGCAGAUUCGGAAGCGCCUCAUGGAGAACAUAUCGUAUCUGCGGAAUCUCGAUCCCAAAUUGAGAGACCUCGUCAUGCCGGCCUACGUAGAAAGCUUCCACAGCGUUCAGGUACUUGGACUCAGCUGCGCGGCAGCAUCUCUCGUCGUUGCAGUCUUCUCGAGAGGAGGACGCUUGAUAAAAGAUACAUCUGCGCCACAGGUAGCGGUGGAUUGAUUGAAUAGAGCUCCA